ACCAAUUUACUUUUUUUAUUUCCAUCCUGCACGUGAAGCGUGUAUCGUGAAAUAAAUUAAAGAAUAAUUCAAAAGAAGUUUACAAUAUAAUUUAUUAUUUAAGAACGUAGAAACUCAAAUCCAGCAUCUAAAGAAAUUAAAGACUUAGGAAUUCAAUAAUCAUAUAGAAAAAUGACCAGGUAUGCAAGAGCGAAAGGAUCCAAAGCAUCAAAUGAGAAAUUGCCGAAUGAGGCCACACCAUGGCAUGUAAUGAAACAGCAAAUAGAGGAAAGUGAGAAUAAGAAAGUGUUGGAGAAAAAGAAAUCGGCAAAGGAAUUAUUAAAGGAUCGAAAUGAUACUGACAAAAACGUCGAUCACAAUUGGGCAGAGUUUAAUGAUAAUAGGUCUAAAUCCGAUGUAAAGAAACAUAAGAAACCAAAGUCAAAGAAAACUCACACGAAUUUUGUAGAAGACUCUAAAAAUGACGUUAUGCCAAACAGUAAUAAUGUGGAAACAGAAAAGACAAAAGUUGAAGCAAUAGAUAAAUUGGAUGAAUUUUCUAACAAAAUAAAUCCAGAUGUUAACAGUUCACAUUUAUUAUCUAGCGAAAAAGAAUCAAGAAUUUCACAAGAUUAUAGGCAUCAAAACUCUUCUAUAUUAAGUAAACGACAGAAACGGAAUCUGAAGAGAAAAUUGGAAACAGCUAAUGAUAAGUCUGAAAGAUUUAAAAAAGAUACAUUUGAUAAAAGUGACAAAGUACAAGAAAAGAAAAUUAAAGAAAAAGGAGAAUACAAGAGGAGGAAAUCAAAUCCUGGUGUUACAAAAAUUAUAAUUAAUGGUGUGGAAACUGAAAUUGCUAUGUAUGAUGGGUUUCCUGUAAAGAAGGAAGAUGCACAAAGAUUGAGAGAACUUAGACAAAAAUUGAUAAUGAAAGGUAUACCAAAACCUGAAGUGGAUAUGGCAAUGAAACUGGAAAGACGCAGGGCUGAGAAAGCCUUAACGCGUAUUAAGAAACAACUCUGCUUUAACUGUCGCAAAUCUGGACACAAUCUAUCGGAUUGUCCUGAGCUUGACCACGACGAGGCCUGCACUGGCAUUUGCUUCAAAUGUGGCUCAACAGAGCACACUCACUUUGAAUGCAAAGUUAACAAGGACUCUACUUAUAGAUAUGCUAAAUGCUUCAUCUGCCGCGAGCAGGGACACAUUGCUGUAGAAUGUCCUGAUAAUCCGAAAGGAAUUUAUCCCCAUGGUGGUUGCUGCAAGAUUUGCGGAGCCGUGACACAUUUAAAAAAAGAUUGCCCUGACUUGGUGAAGGGAAAAGAAGACACUGCCAUUACUGUGCAAAAGAUGGGCGAUUCUGCCAUAGAAUCUCUGCAAGAAGACGUAAAGAAGAAUAAUGAGGACAAUAAAUUGCCAAAAAGAUUAUCAAAUUUUAAUAUUAUAUUUUUAUAAUAUAUUAUGUGAUAUC